AUGUCGUCCAGGGCGAUGAAAACAAUUUACGCCAGUCUCUCGACGGGUAACUCUAGCUGGAAGAACUCCAGCGUGCCCGUAAGACUAUCGACCGUGCGUAUAUGUGGCCCACCGGCACUUUCCAGAAUCCACACAACGGCAGUUCUGUCCAGUCCGGCUUCAGCAACGGCCGUCACUCCGGAUGUGAGGCCACCGGCGCCGUAUUCGCCACCGACAACCGGCAUUCUUUCGAUUCUUCCCACAUCAUGGGUACCGUAUGCAGAACUCAUUCGUCUGGACAAACCUACCGGUUCAUACUACCUCUUCUUCCCCUGCCUUUUCUCAACACUUAUGGCCGCCCCUAUGGUUGAGCCAGCAAUGGCAUCACCAGCCUCGGUUGCUGGCACAACUUUGCUCUUCUUUACGGGCGCCGUCAUCAUGCGUGGUGCCGGUUGCACGAUAAAUGACCUGUGGGACCGCAAUCUUGAUCCUCAUGUCGCCCGCACACGCCUGCGACCGAUUGCCCGCGGCGCUGUGACGCCCUAUAAUGCCCUCGUUUUUACAGGCGCACAGCUUCUCACAGGGCUGGCUAUCUUGCUGCAGUUCCCGACGCCCUGCCUGUACUACGGCAUCCCGAGUCUGGCGCUUGUUGCGACCUACCCGCUGGCAAAGCGCGUGACAUACUACCCUCAGUUUGUAUUGGGCCUGACAUUCUCGUGGGGUGCCAUCAUGGGCUUCCCGGCACUGGGCAUUGAUCUCUUGUCCAACUCGGCGGCUUUGGCGGCAUCUGCAUUCCUGUAUACUUCCAAUAUUGCAUGGACAGUACUCUACGACAUGAUCUACGCCCAUAUGGACAUCAAGGAUGACGCCAAGGCGGGCAUCAAGAGCAUUGCGCUCAAGCAUGCUGCGCAGACCAAGGCCGUGCUGAUCGGCCUGGGCGCUGUGCAGAUCGGCCUGCUGGCCGCUGCCGGUGUAGCAUCUGGUGCCGGCCCGGUGUUCUUUGUGGGCAGCUGCGGCGGCGCAUUGGCUACACUGGGCAUCAUGAUCAAGCGGGUCAAGCUUGAGAGUGUCAAGGACUGCUGGUGGUGGUUCGUCAACGGCUGUCUAUUGACCGGCGGUGUGAUUAGCCUUGGCCUGGGGGUGGACUACCUAGUUCGGUACAACAACCAAGAACCCCAGAAGAAGAUCGCGGCAUAG